UUAGUUCUACAAGUCGUUCUAGAAAACUCAAAACUCAAAUUUUGGUCGACAGAAGAAAGAGCAUGGCUUUGUUGAUGGAACCUGGUUCUGAACCCAUAACCAACGAUGAAAUCGUUGAUCUUGAGGCUAUCGCUGCGCUCAAAGAGUCUGCUGCUAUUGAGCUCAAGGAAAAGGGAAAUGAGUAUGUGAAAAAGGGGAAGAAGCAUUACUCAGAUGCUAUUGAUUGCUACACUAGAGCCAUUAACCAGAAAGCCUUAAGUGAUCCGGAGAACUCUAUUAUUUAUUCCAAUAGGGCGCACGUGAAUCUGCUCUUGGGAAAUUACAGACGAAGUCUCCAGGAUGCUGAGGAGGCCAUUAAGCUGUGUCCAACAAAUGUUAAGGCUCUUUAUAGGGCUGUCAAAGCAUCAUUGUCGCUCAAUCUGUUGGAUGAAGCAAGAUCAUAUUGUGAAAAAGGGCUUCAACAGUCUCCAGACAGCGAAGAACUGAAGAAGCUAGCCAAGCAAAUCAAUGCAAAGAAAUUGGAACAGGAACGGCAUGAAGCUGAAGUAUCCAAAGCUGUCGCAGCAGCUAAGGAUAUCAUCUCUGCCUUGGAGGAUAGGCAGAUAAAACUUGGAAAGGCAAUGUAUCAGGAACUCACUGGUAUUAAAAAACCAGUGCUUGACAAUAACAAAAUUCUCCAUUGGCCAGUUGUACUUCUCUAUGCAGAGGUUAUGUCCAGUGACAUCAUUGAGGAUUUCUGCGAGACUGAUAUGUUUUUUGAACAUCUUGACAUGAUGUUCUCUGAGGGUAGUCCACCUUUGCCCUGGGAUUCAGAUAAUGCAUACAGUCGGGAUGCUCUUGAGCUGUACUAUGAGGCUGACUCGGGAGUUAGUUUCUCCAAAAAAGAAGCUCUUAAUUAUCUGUUACAAGGAACUGUUGCAUCUCAUCUGGAAAAGAGUGGGGGUGAAGAGACUGAUGCUGCUACUUGCACUGCCUUUUCAAGUGGUAAUGGACCUAAAUGGGUCAAAGUAAAUGAGAGAAGAACACUACAUGACAUUCUGAGAAAUUCUGAUAUUAUUGUGCCCGGAAUUCCAGGUUUGUCCUUGUUUACAAGACAAUUUGUGCUAAACUUCACAUCUGAAAUCAUCUUGAUUUGCUCUAUUUUUCUGUUAUGCCUUUUGCUGGUUUUAGUGUUUUUUAUUGUUUCAAAGAAGUCGAGCUUCUAUCGAGAUUUUAAGUCUGGAAAUUGGUCUCCCCCGAAGAUUGCUUGAUCAAGUUGAAGAUCUUUUGUAGAUUAGUUUAGACUUGUCACAUAUUAUUUCAGCGUAGUUUUGAUAUUGUGACUAAAAUCGUGCUUUAGACUACCUCUGUAUUCAUAUAAGUGGACAACAAUGUUUCCUGUUGAUGAUUUCCAUCUUCAAAAAUCCAGAAGCAUUUGUAACUUGCUAUUCAAUAGUACUAUUAAAGUGAGAUUUUGAAGUA